AUGGAGAUGGUGGGAGUCUGAGACAGAUGGAGAGAGUUCAUUCAUCCAUCCCCAAUCUCUUAAUUAGACUCGUGCACCCAUCCGUCUGCAUGUCUCAGUCUUGUGGAAAAUCGUCCUUGUCUGUGUUUCUGACCGGUAUCCUAAUGAAACAGUCUUAACAUGGUAACAUUCCAUUGAUCAUUUCAAAUUCCAUCAACCAUUCCAUUUGAUUAUUCUUCAGUCUUCUGCUCAUCUCAUUCCUGUUGGUAGGAACAUUGUGUAGAAGGCCCUAGGUGGGAGUUUAUGAAUGUUUCUCUUAUUUUGUCCGCAUUGGUUGUAUUGAGUGUAAUGGCUGGAGGGUGUAGUUCAGAUGGAGGACUUGAUAACGUGUAUAUGCAUAUAUGUGCGUACGGUAAUGAAUGCUGGGAAAAGCUUGCCAAGUAGUGCACUUUUCUACCCUUAAUCAGUUUAAUGUCGAGUUUGAGUUAUUGACAAAUAUUUUAGUCAGAGUGGGUUUAACUGUCAUAUUUGACUUCAGAUUUGGGCGAUUGUAUUUUUUUAUUUUAAUGUAUCAUUUAAUCCAACUCCAGCUGAUAAUCUAUUCUGUUCCCAUGUGAGAAAAGCUGUACUCUACAGUGAUUUGCUUAGUAAUCCAAAAGGAAUGUGAUGUAAAAUGUGAGGCAGCCCCAUUGCUGUACCUCAGGCUUAUUCAGGUGUGUAUCUUAGAGAUCCUGCCAGAUUGUUGUAUGUUCUCCUCACCCUCCAAAGAUAAUCAGAUGAGAUGUAUAGACCAGUGGUUCCCAACCAGGAGUACUAUAACCCCUGGGGGUACUUGGCCUAUCCACAGUGGGUACUUGAAAAGACUUGUGUCCAUAGGGUUACUGGUAAAAUGCACAUGAGGGGGUACUUCAGGGGUACUACGGGCAGAGCAAAAUUCAGUUGGUGGUAAGGUAACCAAAAAAGGUUGGGAACCACUGAUAUAGACUAUAGAGGGUAUCCUUAUGUUACUGAGCAGAAUGACCAUAUCAAGGUCAAUGUGUUGCCAUUGAGUUCAAGAGUUCAUUGAUUGUUAUAAACACUAUCCCUGAAGCUUAUUUAUAACAUAAAGCACUAUAAUUUUGAGAAUGCAAUGAAAGUGUAUUUCCUCAGCUUUGUUCUUCUUGCAUAGCAUUUGAAAUAAUAUUAUUGACAUAUGUAGGCUAUAUAUAUUUUGCUUUGCAUGUGGCAGUCUGACAUUGUGUCAAUAUAUUGGAUGUAAAACAAAUGCUGAUGUCAUCACUUGCAAUUAAAAUGUCAGUUUUUUUAUAUAACCUUGGUUUCCCAUCUAUCUUGUGUAAGGGGUUAUCUAAAUUCUAAAUGUCAUUUUGGCCAAUAUUAUUACGCAUUUUUCAAGACUAGCUCUAUAAACAUCUGUAUUUUCCUUGGGUGGAAUUUCCUCCAACUUGACAACCUCCUGUUUUUUAGAACAAAGCAUAGAGAAUGAUAGAGAAAGCAUCCCUAUAUAGUUCUCAUUAUGGCAUCUGUGAGGGCAGUGUCAUCUCCAUUUUUAAGAAGUCCAUUUUCUUCUUCACAAUUGGCUGAUCCCUCCUGAUGACCAUGAGGGAUUAGCCAAUAAAGUUGGAAGUCCCACCCAGUUGACUACAUUAAAAUUUUGGAAGCCCUCAAUUAACCUGCCCAUUCUAAAACAGCCUUUUGGCCACUAGAGGCCUCUAUCAUUAUCUAUGGAACAAAGCUACAUACAUACAUAUGUACAUCAAACAGAAGGGCAGUACUAUGCACAGUCAUUGGGCAUGAGCCAACCACAGUAACAAAUUCAGUACAUUCAAUCUUCCCUUCUACUAACGGAAGGAAAAUAAUAGUACAAUCACCCUGGCAGAUGCAAUAAGAAAUGGACCUGGACGACUUGCCUUAAUAGAAGGAACCAUGAAUUCUGCUCUGUAUCAGAGAAUUCUACAGGAGAAUGUCAAACCAUCCGUCUGUGAGCUGAAGCUGAAGCGCAGCUGGGUCAUGCAGCAAGACAAUGAUCCAAAACACACAAUCAAGUCUACAUGGAAAUUGCUAAAAAGCAACAAAUUGGAAGUUUUGGAAUGGCCUAGUCAAAGUCCAGACCUAAUCCCAAUUGAGAUGUUGUGGCAGGACUUGAAACGAGCAGUUCAUGCUUGAAAACCCACACGUCACUGAGUUAAAGCAGUUCUGCAUGGAAGAGUGGGCCAGAAUUCCUCCACAGCGACGUGAGAGACUGAUCAACAACUACAGGAAGCAUUUGGUUGGAGUCAUUGCAGCUAAAUGUGGCACAACCAGUUAUUGAGUGUAAGGGGCAAUUACUUUUUCACACAGGGGAAUUGGGUGUUGCAUAACUUUGUUUAUGAAAUAAAUAUGCAAUUGUUGUGUUAUUUGUUCACUUAUGUUCCCUUUAUCUAAUAUUAUGUUUUGGUUGAAGAUAUGAUAACAUUCAGUAUCACAAAUAUGCAAAAGUAGAGAAAAUUAGAAAGGGGGCAAAUACUUUUUCAUAGCACUGUAUGCAUAUGGGAUUUCCUCUGGGACGUACAGUAGUGGAUUUAUUUGCGCAUGGUAAAUGCCUUGUGGUAGAUAGAAUACAGUGGGCAGGAGGGGGUGUCACACAGAGAGGAUGCUGUUGGAGGCGGAGAGCAUCAGCUCUUCCCGGGGGGACUGGAGGGAGUCCCGGGGGGCUGCGUACUGGGCAACAUUGGGCAGCCCGUGCACCACGCAGCAGCUGAGGGCACUGCGGAAGAUGCCCAUGUCAUGGGCGUCGUACCACUCCUCUGAUUUUUCGUCAUAGCACUCCACGUUGAAGGUAGUGGUGAAGCCGUUGAACCCCCUGGUAGCUGUGUUGUUGGCUAGCUCCUCUGAACAACAGUGUCCUGACGAGUGAGCACAUUUUCUAUGCCAGGCGAAAUCGCACCUCGUUAGCUCAUUGUUAUGGAUGUAUCCAAAUAAAUGUCACUAGAAAACAGCUUAAACAAAAGCUACUUUGCUGUCAUUCUGGCUGCACUUUUUGACAUGACUGUACGUUAGCCGUAGUUGGCUAGCUAGCAAGCAAGGGAUAAGAACGUUUCCAGCCAGUAUGGCAAUGGAACAUUUAGAACGAACGACUGGCCAGCCAACUACGGCUAAUUUACAGUCAUAGAAACAGAACAAAAAUACUUAAUGACUGGGUCGCCUCUAGCAACCCUAGAUUGUGUCGGGACUAUAUCUUGUGGAAGGAUGAAAUAGUAUGAAUAGAUUAAUCAAAAUAAAGCUUUUAAUGAAAGAUGUCAAUCAUUAUUUGAAUAUGUUGGUAACCCGUUGUAUAAAAGUGAUAAUGCCCUCGAAGCCGGUGUUAGGAGGAUAUAUUGGCACGGUUUGCCAGCCCGAGACGAAGAAUGUGCUGCACCAUGCUCUCUCUAUGCAGGUAAUGUGGCGCUGUUACAAAUAAAACAUGACCGUUUUUAGGCAAGUCAUUAAAAUCAAGGCUAUUCUAUGAAGGCAUGUGUGCAUCAGGGCUGGAGUUAACAUGAUUAAGCUCUUCAACAGAAUGUUACACCUCUUCUCCUCUCUCCUGUCUUCCCUCUCUUCUCUCUCCUCUGUCCUCUCCAGACCCCAGCCUCCAGCAGGACAGCCUCCUUCUCUGAGAACAAGGCUGGUCCCGGGGCCUCGCCUUCCAAGAAGGCCAAGUCAGGGGCCCUUCCAGGUGAGCUCCUCAAUGAGACCACACACACAUACAAACAUGUGAAAUGUAAGAAUGAUGCUUCUCAGGUAGUUAUGUAAAAGUCUUGCCACGUUUGCUGUAAUGCAGUGUAGCAAGCAGGGUUGGGGUCAAUUCAAUUUAAAUUCCAGUCAAUUCAGGAAGUACACUAAAAUUACAAUUCUCUUCAAUGCUUUUUAAUUAAGAAAAUGUAGAAUUGGAAUUUUGUUUAUUUUCUGAUUUGACUAGAAUUGAAAUGGAAUUGACCCCAACCCUGGGAGCAAGAGGCUUCCUUGAGAGCCCCUGCUCUCAUAAAAUGUGAGUUUCUGUGUCACCGCUCCCCCUAGUGGCCAUUAGGGGUCUCACAGCCCACAUCAGCCCAGCAUCUGUUGUGAAAAGCUUUCCCUUUUGGAGGGUAUUAUCUACGCACAUUCUGAAUGUAAUAACAUUGAUUAUAUUGUUUCUGUUUUUGUUAUUGUCGUGGCGCCACAGCGCGACAGGCGUCGUCAGACAGUCCAGGAGGUAGGACACUCCCCUGUCAGACAGACGGACUAGGGUGGGCCUGGGACAUGGCUCUCCUCCUAGCCCCCCUGUGAAGCCCUCGAGCUGGGCCGUGUGCUCCUGUCCUCUCCUCUCUCAUGCUAGAAGUAGCUUCUAUUUCUAUGGUGUUCUAAGGGUGACAUGGGAACAACUAGGACAAUAUUGACGUAUAGACAACUACAUUUCUGAUCACAUUUGUAGUCCUUAGAGGGGAAUAUCUGACAUCCAGAAAUAUACAGUGAUAACAUGUUGUUUUGGAUGGUUGUGGGUUCAGUUUCUGUCUCACUAACCCCUGUGGUUUCCUGUGGGUUGUGUCUCAGUCAGCGGCUGGCUGUCAGUGUUUGGUUCCUUCACUGUCUAGUAACUGUUUACCCUGCCGUGUGUCUGUUCUGUUGAUGUUGUGUGCCCUGGUCUAUCACACCUCUUAGCAGAGUAGGAUAUGACUUCUUUAAAGCUCAUACCUCUCUGUAGUGAGUUAAAAGCCCUUUCUCUGCUGGUGCGGUAGUAAGAAGAUCAAGCUAUUUUUUUCUCCCUCUACGUAAGUGCGUGUGCAUGCCAAACCUCUGUUCAUUGCCUGAGUGACUUUGUAUUUUGUAGUUAACCUUCCCCUCCAUCUUUCUCCCUCCAUCUUUCCUCCUUUCCCUCUCUCUUCCUUGUCCCCUGUGUGUUCCUGUCCCUGCAGUCAAGGCGUCAACCCUCUUCAGCAAGCAGACCAAGUCCAUCGUGUGGGGCAUGCAGACGCGGGCCGUGCAGGGCAUGCUGGACUUUGACUACACCUGCUCCAGGGAUGAGCCCUCUGUGUCUGCCAUGCUCUACCCUUUCACGUAGGUGUCUCUUUCUUUACUUCCUGUCUCUCUACUUCCUGUUUCCUGUAUACCACUCUAACUAACCCGAGACCACAAAGAGGUGUUGAAAAUAACAAGCAUAUUUAUGGUCAAUACCGUGCGUGUGCUUAUCUAUUUGUCUGGUUUGUCUUUCGAUGCCAAACUUUGUGACUGUCUGUGUGUUCCAGUGGGGACCACAAGCAGAAGUUCUACUGGGGCCAUAAGGAGAUCCUGUUGCCUGUCUAUAAGAACAUGGGCGACGCCAUGAAGAAACACCCGGAGGUGGACGUGCUCAUUAACUUCGCCUCGCUCCGCUCUGCCUUCGACAGCACCAUGGAGACCAUGCAGUACCCACAGGUUGGUAGCGCCUCCAUGCCAUCCAUAAUGGUGAGAGCGCAAUAGAUCUGACCGACUGUAAUGCUUCAUUUCCCCACCUCUCCAGAUCCACACCAUUGCCAUCAUAGCCGAGGGCAUCCCUGAAGCCCAGACCAGGAAGAUCAUUAAGAGGGCGGACGAGAAGGGUAUCACUAUCAUCGGCCCGGCAACGGUAGGCCCCUCCUACUCUACCCCCUCACUUACAGUAUGUGAGGUCUGCUUUAAAGGUGUAGAGAAGAGUGUCUUAUCUAACUGUGUGUCCAGGUUGGAGGGAUCAAGCCUGGCUGUUUUAAGAUCGGGAACACAGGGGGCAUGCUGGAUAACAUCCUGGCCUCUAAGCUGUACCGUCCAGGCAGUGUGGCCUACGUGUCCCGCUCUGGAGGCAUGUCCAACGAGCUCAACAACAUCAUCUCCCGCACCACCGACGGAGUCUACGAGGGAGUGGCAAUAGGAGGAGACAGGUAAGAGAGUGGCUGUGUGAAUGGGGUGGAUAAGAUUACUGAUGUGUGUGUAUAAUUAAUGCUUAUUUUUUCAUUAGAUACCCAGGCUCAAUCUACACAGACCAUGUGCUGAGGUACCAGGACACCCCAGGGGUAGAGAUGAUCGUAAUGCUGGGAGAGGUGAGGAUCUGAAAGACACACACAUCUACAUCACUGCUGCUAAUGGCCCAUAGAAAAAGAAAGCUUAUCCUUUUAACGCAAUCCAUUUCUUUUCAUCAAGCAUAGCUAAUUAACAUAGACAUUUAUGACCAGAUUAAUUCCAUGCUUGGAUGCUCGCCUCUGCAAAUGUGAGUGUGGACUGUCUUUUAAAAGCACUGUUGGUCUCCCUUCUAGAUUGGCGGCACAGAGGAGUAUAAGAUCUGCCAGGGCAUCAAGUCAGGCAGGAUCACCAAGCCUGUGGUGAGCUGGUGCAUCGGGACCUGUGCCACCAUGUUCUCCUCAGAGGUGAGUGUGAUGGGCAGCGUGAAGAGUUUUGGGGGGGUGGGUCAUUGGAUUGAUAUCACAGAGACUUGCAGGGCAGGCAUACUGUGAGAAAGGGGUCUGGUUAUGGGGUUUGUGACUGUUUCCUAUGAUAUGCUGACCCAGUCUGUCACCUGUAGGUCCAGUUUGGUCAUGCUGGAGCGUGUGCCAACCAGGCCUCAGAGACAGCCGUGGCCAAGAACCUGGCUCUGAAGGAGGCCGGAGCCUUCGUACCUAAGAGCUUUGACGAGCUGGGAGAUGUCAUCAAGUCAGUGCAGAAAAUCACACAAUGA